UAAAAUCCUUGGACCAGAUUUUUAUUUUUGGUCCAGAAAUCUUGGAUCAGGUGGAUAAAUUUUAAAUAAAUAAAAAAUAUUCUCGAACCAGUCCAGUGGGAAAUCAAACCGGGAAGCCCUGCUACAAAUUGUGUUUUGAAAAAUUCAUUCUCAGUUCAGCUCUACUCCCUCUCUGCCUCCUUCCUCUUCCACUCUUCCACUCUGCCAGUCGCCAAUUUCACCCAAUUUCGAGUUACAUCUCUCUCUCACUCUCUAAAUCUUUCAAUCUGUCCAUCAUCAUCUCUUCACAACUAAUGGUCGCGGCUUCGGUUUGGUGGCAGGCUUCGGCGAAAUAACCGGCCGGACCGAAAGCGCGCAUUAGCAUUCUUCAGACCACAGCCGUUGUGUAUUCCGCACAUUUUCUUCAGUUUCUUUUUUGUGUUUUCGUUUUCCAUCGGUCCAAACAAACCCUAGGUUUUUUUUCGGAGAAACUGCGGGAAAAUGCCGAGAGAGAUAAUCACAUUGCAGGUCGGACAAUGCGGGAACCAGAUCGGCAUGGAGUUCUGGAAGCAGCUCUGCCUCGAGCAUGGAAUCAGCAAAGAUGGAAUUCUCGAGGACUUUGCCACUCAGGGUGGUGACCGGAAAGAUGUGUUUUUCUAUCAAGCUGAUGAUCAGCACUACAUACCGCGAGCUUUGCUGAUCGACCUGGAGCCUAGAGUAAUUAACGGUAUUCAAAACAGUGAAUAUCGAAAUCUCUAUAAUCAUGAAAACAUCUUUGUUUCGGAUCAUGGAGGUGGGGCAGGAAAUAAUUGGGCCAGUGGAUAUGAUCAGGGAAAGGGUGUUGAAGAGGCUAUAAUGGACAUGAUUGAUAGAGAAGCUGAUGGGAGUGACAGUCUUGAAGGAUUUGUUCUGUGCCAUUCUAUUGCUGGAGGAACAGGCUCAGGCAUGGGUUCCUAUCUGUUGGAGACUUUGAAUGAUCGAUACAGCAAAAAACUGGUUCAGACAUACAGUGUAUUUCCUAACCAGAUGGAAACAAGUGAUGUGGUGGUCCAGCCCUAUAACUCACUUUUGACACUUAAACGACUAACGCUUAAUGCUGAUUGUGUUGUGGUCCUUGAUAACACCGCCUUGAAUAGAAUUGCUGUUGAGCGUCUUCAUUUAUCAAAUCCAACCUUUGCUCAAACAAAUUCUUUGGUUUCUACUGUAAUGUCUGCCAGCACAACCACUCUGAGGUAUCCAGGGUACAUGAACAAUGAUUUGGUUGGUCUUCUUGCAUCUUUAAUUCCAACACCAAGAUGCCAUUUUCUAAUGACAGGGUAUACACCCCUCACAGUUGAGCGCCAGGCCAAUGUGAUUCGCAAAACCACUGUGCUUGAUGUUAUGAGAAGACUUCUGCAGACAAAAAAUAUAAUGGUUUCCUCAUAUGCUCGAACAAAAGAAGCUAGUCAAGCGAAGUACAUCUCAAUAUUAAACAUCAUUCAAGGAGAAGUUGACCCUACUCAGGUUCAUGAAAGUUUGCAGAGGAUACGUGAAAGAAAGCUCGUUAACUUUAUUGAAUGGGGCCCUGCAAGCAUUCAGGUUGCUUUGUCUAGAAAGUCUCCAUAUGUGCAAACAGCCCAUAGGGUCAGUGGUCUUAUGCUGGCAAGCCAUACUAGUAUUCGCCACCUUUUCAGUAAGUGUUUGAGCCAGUAUAUGAUGUUAAGAAAGAAGCAAGCCUUUCUUGACAACUAUCGGAAGUUCCCAAUGUUUGCUGAGAAUGACCUUUCGGAAUUUGACGAAUCAAGGGAGAUACUUGAGAGUUUGGUUGAGGAAUAUAAGGCCUGUGAGUCCCCAGAUUACAUCAAAUGGGGAAUGGAGGAUCCAGACCACGUUCUUACAGGAGAAGGCAAUGCAGCAGGAACAGUGGACCCAAAAUUGGCAGUAUGAACAAAUCAGGAUUGGAACAGACUGUUGGAGGUUAAGUGCUGGUGCCAAGAAGUACAUUGGAGAAGCAUUGUAAAAUACGGACUAAAUGUUGUGUUUGACUUCUUCCGGAGUGAAACGGUUUGUAAUGUAAAUUUUUUUAUGGGUGUUUUGAUUUAGUUAAUUAUUCGUUUGUUGAAGCAAUUUUCAUUUUGAGUGGAUAUCUUUGUGGUUCCAGUUCAGACAGGUUGGUUCAUGGAUCCUUUAGUAGCUGAUAUGUCAUUUAGUUUGAACCGGGCAUUCGUUUGA